UCAUCAGCAAUGGCGGCGCCCUUGCAAGGCACGGGUGUCAUCAGAACAGAUCAAAACAGGCAAAAUAUUCCAAAACUAACACCAAAAGAUGUCGAAAGCUUCAGUUUUGUUAUUGAUCAUGUUAUUGGGAAUCGUAAAAUGAGAAGGGCACAGUUCAUUCCACUUGGUGGAAUACCACAGUUCCCGAAGACCAGAGAAGAGGUUCUGGUGACGAGUUUCUUUGAAAGCUGCAUAUGUAAAUCAGCAUUGAGUUGUGUGGCAGGGUUUGCUCUGGGAGGAUUAUUUGGGCUGUUUACGGCUGGUGUAGACCCGAUGUCCACAAUGUCAACAGAGACCCCCACCACCAGAAUGGUUCUACAGGAAAUGAGGGCCAGGUUCUGGUCAUACGGCAAGAACUUUGCUGUUGUUGGGGCCAUGUUUGCUGGAACAGAGUGCUGUUUAGAGUCGUGCCGAGGAAAAACUGAACUUGGGAAUGGUACCAUCACUGGAUUUCUUGUUGGUGGGGUUCUAGGACUGCGAGCUGGACUGAAGGCCGGCCUGUUUGGAGCUAUGGGAUUCGCUGCCUUCUCUACGGCCAUUGAUUACUAUCUUCGUCACUAACAACAACUCAUCUGUAAAUAGCUUGUAAAUAGAGUCCGUAUGUGUAUUAUAUGAUGUAUAAUAGACCGGUUUUUAGUCCAUCUUUGUAUAUUGCAGUUUUAGUGGAAUAAAGAUAUUACUUCA